AUGACACUUGUGAGGAUUCUGCGGGUUAAUGUUGUUGUUGAUGACGAUGAUGUUGAUGACGAUGUUGAUGAUAAAGAUGAUGAUAAAGAUGAUGAUGAUGAUGAUAAUAGUGUAGGUGCAGACUUUGGUAAUAAUCUUGGUGAUUAUAUCGCUGAUGACUUUUUAACAAGCAAGUCCACGCAAUUCAAUUCUCUAAUUGUAGUGCCCGAAAAUUUGAAAUGCUUUCUGAAAAGAUGUGAAUUACUAGAAAGUGGAGUUUUCACGCUACUGACUUCUGUGGACAUGGGCAGCCAGUCCCUCAUCGAAUCCCUAUCCAGAACAUUUCACGUGACGCACAUUGUCGUUUCGGAGUCACCAUCGCCAUCAUCAUCAUCUUCUUCAUCGUCUUCAUCAUCUUUUUCGCAUGCGUUGCCUUCUUUCGUUUUGUAUCUGAGACCUCUUUUUGAAAGGGCCUACUACGAUCUUUUCAAGCACUUUGGCUGGAAGAGACUGAUCUACCUGUACGAUAAUGAAUAUGGUCUGUAUCACCUGGAGCACCUGUAUUCUGUCAUUAAUAAAGGUGACUUCAAGAUAGACCCAGAAAUCAUCCACAUAGCCGAUGUUACCAACUGCUACGACACCCUGCGACAGAUCGACCACAAACGUUUCCAGCAUAGCAGCGGUGGUGGCGGUGGAAGCCACAACUCAUACCACACAAGAAUCUUUCUCGAUUUUUCUAACCCCGAUGCCUUCAAUUCCUUCCUUAAACAGGAGACCUUGCUCCCAAGAGCUUAA